AUGGCUCCUUCAACAACCCUUAUAGAUCCUAUACCCUCUCCACCGUCAAAACGUCAGAAAAUAUUUUCAGUGACUGGUGUGAAUAUAGAAGCCGAUAUUCUUUCAAUUUCCGAUGAAAAAGGCUUUGAGGAUACAGCGACCAUCUCUUCUCAUCCUCUUCGAAUAAAACCCAGCGGAAAUGCCUACACCUCGGAAUCGAAUCUCCGUGAGACCUCAACGGGAUUAUUUGCAGUCUUUCCCGACGAAUUGAUUAUCGAUAUAUUAGGAUAUCUAGAUGCCGAAAGCCUUUCUCAACUGGGAUUUACGAGUAGGGGUCUUUAUGCCUUUAGUCGUCAUGAAGAGCUAUGGAAAGCACUAUUUAUAGAAUCACCUAAGUCUAAGCUUCCAUUCACCUGGCGUGGAAUCUGGCGUCGAACCCAUCUAUCAUUGCCUUUCAGUAAAGAGGUUCUGAUACCAACUCCAGACCUAUUUUCUGAUACCCUUCAUAGACCUUUUCAUAUGUCUCAAAUUCCGCUUAAGCCUUAUGCUUCUAAGAUCCCUUCACAAAAUGCUAUCCUUUGUCUCCCCGACAUGACUGCAGAGGAUUUUAACCAAAAAUACUCCACUGCACCAUUCAUACUUACCAGUCCAGUCAAGGACUGGGCAGGAUACAAGGAGUGGUCUAUUGCAUCUUUAGUGGACAGGUACCGUGAUGUCCGCUUUCGUGCCGAAAGUGUAGAUUGGCGACUCGGUGAUUACUAUGAUUAUAUGAGAGACCAAACGGACGAAAGCCCGCUGUAUCUUUUUGAUCGGGCAUUUGUAGAGAAGACAGGUGGAGAGCUAGGACGUGGUUUCACAGUGCCUGAAUGCUUUGGAAAAGAUUAUUUCGAGGUUCUUGGAGAUGAGAGACCUGAUAGACGGUGGAUGAUCCUGGGACCUGAGCGAAGCGGCAGUACAUUUCAUAAAGACCCAAAUGCGACCUCAGCCUGGAAUGCCGUUAUUGAGGGAGAGAAGUACUGGAUAAUGUUCCCACCAGGGUCUCCUCCACCCGGAGUCUAUGAAUCUGAAGACCAUAGCGAAGUUACAUCGCCCUUGAGUAUCGCAGAAUGGCUUGUAGGCUUUCACCGAGAGGCAAGGAGAACAAAAGGGUGUCGAGAAGGUAUUUGUAAAGCUGGCGAGAUAUUAUACGUCCCUUCAGGAUGGUGGCAUCUUGUGGUCAACCUUUCACCAUCGCUUGCAUUGACCCAGAAUUUCAUACCCCCAACCCAGCUUUCGGCCGCGAUAGAGUUUCUACGGGAUCAACCGGGGUCAGUAUCCGGGUUCAAUACAAAAAGAGUGAGGGAUCCGUAUGGAUUAUUCAUAAAAAGGAUGGAGGAGCAAUACCCAGUGGAGCUCCAGGCGGCUUUGGAAAAGCUGGAGAAGAAGAAAAAGACAAAGUGGGGCACGCUUACUGACACAAAGGGACAAGGUUUUAGCUUUGGUUUUGGCUGUGAGGAUAGUGAUGAAGAAUGA